AUGGAAUCAAGAUUAAGUCUAACAGACAAGCCGCCGGUGCCAGAGAUCAUGCGUGGAAACGAUGAAGGCGGUGGAUCCGGCGGGGGCGAUGAUGUUGAGGAGACCCCCCUCGAUGGUGGUGAAGAACCACAGGACGACAGUGGUGUUGUCGGCGCGCCACGCCGGGUCAGCCAUGCGGCGCGCGGAGACGUCGCGGAUGUGGUCCUCGGCGUGAUGACGGGCCAACAUCAGAUGGAUGUAGUUGCGCCAACGGGUGAAGUUUGUCCCGUCGAGAGUGAGCUUGAAGUCGAGGAUGCCGACGAGGCUGGCCGGGAGAGGUGGAGGAGGGGCGGAGGAGGAAGCCAGAGGCCCAGAGCCAACCAACAGCUCCCACGCUUGAACCUCACAAAACUUGAGAGGCUUGAUCUCAGCUACAACCAUUUUGAUCACCCCUCCGAGUCCUGUUGGUUUUGGAAUUUGACAAGUCUCAAGUACCUCAACCUUGGAGAAACCUUUUUGUAUGGUCAUUUUCCCAAGACACUAGGACAAAUGACAUCCCUUCAAGUCUUUGACUUUUCAUACAACAAGUAUCUCGACGGCGGCCCCGGCGGCAUCAUAGCGCCAGGGUUGAUGAGAAACCUAUGCAAUUUGGAAGUGCUAAACCUUGAAAAAGGCCUCUCGUAUGGGAACAUGACAGAGUUGUAUGAGAGCUUGCCACAUUGCUCGUCCAGCCCACUAAGAGAACUGUAUUUGGAUGGAAACAAUAUCACUGGGACCCUGCCAGCUGGGAUUGCCAAAUUUACCAGUUUGGCCAGUCUCGUCCUCUCUGAUAACCGUAUGACUGGACAUGUGCCCACUGAGAUUGGUAGGCUCAACGGUUUGAUUUCCCUAGACCUAAGAAACAACAAUUUGACAGGUGUCAUCACCGAAGAACAUUUCUAUGGUUUCACGAGCUUACAGUAUAUAGAUUUAUCUAAUAAUCCUUUGAAGAUUAUACUAGAUCCUGGUCUGCUACCCCCCCUGAAACUAGAGCAAGCAUCUUUUGCAUCUUGCCAAAUAGGUCCUAAUUUUCCUUCUUGGCUUCGGUUGUUGCCUAGAGCUGAUUACAUUGAUAUGUCAAACACAGGUAUAACCGGUCAGCUCCCAUACUGGUUCUCAACAACACUUUCACAGGCUAUAUUUUUGAACUUCUCCCACAACCAGAUUAGUGGAAGCCUACCAAAAAAUAUGGAAUCCAUGUCAGUGAACUAUCUCUAUCUAGAUAGAAACCAAAUAACCGGUGAAAUACCUCCAUUGCCAGAAAAUCUCAAUUGUUUCUCCAUAUCUAACAAUUCUCUAUCAGGUCAUAUUACAAGAUCUAUCUGCAAAACCCAAAAGUUGGAGUGCUUGGAUUUAAGCAUCAACCAGUUGGAGGGAGAAUUUCCUCAAUGUAUCAAGAUGGAAAACAUACGGAGUCUUAUAUUGAGUAACAAUAUGUUCUCAGGAAAGUUCCCAUCUUUUCUGCAAAGCACAAAUAUAAAGUUUCUAGAUCUAUCAAGAAAUAAGUUUUCUGGAAGAUUGCCUGAAUGGAUCGGAGACUUGGUGGCACUAGAGUAUAUAGGAUUAAGCUAUAAUAUGUUCUCUGGGAGUAUUCCAUCCAGCAUCAUCAAUCUUGGAGGAAUGUACAAUUUUGAUGUAGCAGGCAACAGAUUGUCAGGUGUUAUACCUCGCAAUCUUUCAAAUUUGACGGGUAUGGCAGGUCAGGUGCGAUACUGGAACGUAGACUCGAACUGGAUGCAACCUCAAUUUAUUUUGCCCGUGUUCACAAAGCGACAAGAGCUUCAUUAUAAACAAACAUUUGCUAACUUCUCAAGCAUUGACUUAUCCUUGAAUUACUUAACUGGAGUAAUUCCGGAAGAAAUUACUUCGGUGAAUGGAUUGGUGAAUCUGAAUAUUUCUUGGAACUACUUGACUGGAGAAAUUCCACGCAGUAUUGGGUCCAUGAAAUCACUUGAAUCACUGGACCUAUCAAGGAACAAACUUUGUGGGGAAAUUCCACCGAGCCUAUCAAAUCUGACCUAUUUGGAACAUUUGGAUUUGUCUUACAACAAUCUGUCCGGAAGAAUACCACCAGGAUCGCAACUUGACACUCUCUACGACUACUACCCAUAUAUGUACAGCGGCAACGUUGGUCUCUGCGGGCGUCCUCUCCAACGGAAUUGUCCAGGAAGUAAUAAUAAUGCAACAAAGCUAGUUGAUGGUGAUACCAAGAGAAGUGCGCAUGUGUCUGAUUCAAUGCUCUUUUACCUCGGGCUUGGGUCAGGGUUUCUCGUUGGCCUCUGGGUGGUGUUCUGUACCAUGCUAUUCAAGAAAACAUGGAGGAUUGCGUAUUUCCAGCUCUUCGACAAGGUAUAUGACAAGCUAUAUGUAUUUGUUGUUGUUACUUGGGCAAGAUUGGCACAGAAGGCAUUGAAUCUAACUGGGAAGCUUGGCUAGAAUUGCAAAUGGAGUUGCACAAGAGAGUGAGUUUUCCUCUGGUUAGAAAUAUUGCUAUGCUUUGACAACAUAAGUUUAAAUAAAAAAAAUGUUCCAAUCAAGUAAUACACUUACUAUCUGUGUAUACUAGCCAUGCGGUUAUCAGUGUAGCUUAGUAAAAUGUAUUGUGUGUGCAUCAUUGGUUAGAACUAGCUUUUGUUAGAAGUUGCACAUGUACAGGUAUACGGUAUUGUAUAAAUCGUAUACCUUCUAGAAAGGGUUCGGGAGUGCAUGUAGAAUUGGGCUGUUUGGAGUUAGUUGUAAUCUGGGAUUCAGUUGU